CCACCGCCGCUGCUCCGAUGGACAUCGACGCCGCCGCCGUGCGGCCGGCCACCAAGGGAAAGGCGACCCUCUCCUCCUCCGCCGCCGUCAAAUCUUCGCCAUGGGUUGAGAAGUAUCGCCCCUAGUCCCUCGCCGACGUCGCCGCCCACCGCGACAUCGUGGACACCAUUGAUAGGCUUACAGAUGAGAAUAGGCUUCCACAUUUGUUGCUCUAUGGUCCACCUGGCACUGGGAAAACAUCAACAAUACUCGCUGUCGCGAGGAAGAUAUAUGGCUCACAGUAUGGCAACAUGAUUCUUGAGCUCAAUGCAUCAGAUGAACGUGGGAUUGGUGUUGUAAGGCAGCAGAUACAGGACUUUGCUAGUGCACACAGCCUCUCUUUUGGAGCAAAGCCUGCUGUUAAGUUGGUCCUUUUGGAUGAAGCCGAUGCCAUGACCAAGGAUGCACAAUUUGCAUUGCGAAGAGUCAUUGAGAAGUAUACAAGGAGCACAAGGUUUGCACUGAUAUGCAACCAUGUGAACAAAAUAAUUCCAGCACUACAAUCAAGGUGCACUAGGUUUAGAUUUGCUCCACUUGAUGGCACUAAUGUUAGUGAGCGUCUUCAACAUGUAAUAAAAUCUGAGGGACUUGAUGUCGAUAAGGGUGGCUUGACAGCCCUUGUGCGGUUAAGUAACAGUGACAUGAGGAAGGCUUUGAAUAUAUUGCAGUCAACACACAUGGCAUCCUCACAAAUAACAGAAGAAGCUGUUUACCUUUGCACGGGAAAUCCCAUGCCUAAAGAUAUUGAGCAGAUAGCGAGUUGGUUACUAAAUGAACCAUUUUCAACCAGCUUCAAAUAUAUAUCUGAUACAAAGAUGAGAAAAGGUCUGGCCUUGAUUGAUAUCAUACGGGAGGUCACUAUGUUUGUGUUCAAAAUUAAUAUGCCAUCCAAUGUACGAGUAAAGUUGAUUAAUGAUUUGGCAGAUAUCGAGUAUCGACUAACCUUCGCCUGCAAUGACAAACUGCAGCUUGGAGCAUUGAUCUCGACUUUCACGACUGCUCGCACUGCUAUGGUUGCUGCCGCCGCCUAAUUUGAACACCCACUCAGA